AUAUUAACAAAUUGUAAUAGAUCUGUUUGUGAUCGAUUUAAUGUUGCACGAGCAACGGCAUGGUAUGCAGUGAGAAGAGUGUGUCAAGCAAUUUAUUCUCUGGCACCUCAAAUUAUUAAAUGGCCUAAUCGAGAAGAGGCUGAAUAUACAUGGAUAAAUAUUGAAAAUAAUUACAAAUUCCCAAAAGUUGUAGGUGCUAUUGAUGGCACACAUAUACCAAUUAGUAAACCAAAAAAAGAUAGUGAAAGUUAUAUUAAUCGAAAAGGUUACCACUCUAUACAAUUACAAGUUGUUUGUGAUUCAACAUUAAAAUUUAUACACUGCUACGCAGGACAACCUGGAUGUGUUCACGAUAUGCGAGUAUUCAGAUUAAGUGGCAUUCAGGGAAUGUGUACAGCUGAUCAUUUUCCUGAAGAUAGCCAUAUAUUAGGUGAUGGAGCGUAUGCUUUACAGAAACAUGUCAUGGUACCUUACAAAAAUAACGGUCACUUAACGGAAGCACAACUUAACUUUAAUUAUCGCCUAAGUUCAUCGCGUACGAUAGUGGAAAGAGCCAUUGGCUUAUUAAAAGGACGUUUUCGGAGUUUAUUAGAUAAUUUACCCAUGACACGGACAGAUUUGAUUCCUAGAUACAUAAUUGUUUGUUGUGUACUACAUAACAUUUGUAUAUCUCAUGGCGAUUUUAUAGACGAUUUAAUGGAAACAGAGAUAAACACUCAUACUAAUAUUGAUCCUAAUAUUGAACCAACCAAUGAAGAAACACAAUGUG